AUGGGAAGCACCGAGUCUACAACCGUAACGCAUGGGCAGCCUCCUCCAGAGAUGGUAAACAAUCUAGUUCGUCGAACAGAUGGUCUACAACCUCCGUUUCUUGCUCCUCGAUUUGAACCUUAUAAUCCCAAAACUUUAUACAAGAUUGAAUGUCCGAUCUCCAUAAAUCCUAGGAGCGUCGCACUAUGCCCAUCACCAGGCGAUCCUGAGAAACUGGGAGUGUGUUUCAAGGGGAAGUGCUUAAAACCCAGUUCUUUACAAAUAUUCUCUUUUGUACGCGAAGAAACGGAUGAUAAUCUCGUACCAUUAAAGCAUACGCUAUUGCCCACAACACUGAAUGAUUGCAGGCCGCAGCCACCCAAAAUUCCUAUUUUGCCGAACGGUGAGUUUUCUUAUAACAGCGCAGAGUCCGGUGUCUGCGUUUUUUCUCUUAGCGAUAUUCAGCUAAACCCUUCGAACCUAAAGGAACGCUGGUCAUUAAUCCUGCGUCUCAGUGUGGACACUCCCGAUCCGAUUUCUGUGAACACUCUCCAAGUUUACUGCGCCAUCCGUGUGAUUUCCGGCGUUGCCAAGCUGAAAGUGGUCACUCAGAAAUGUGUUGUCCAAAAUCGGGGGUAUUUUAUGAGCGAAUUAUAUGGGUUGGGCGAUAUGUCGAAAGAAGAAGGAGAGGGUCGCGAGUGUGUGAUUUGUAUGACGAACGAUCGGGACACCUGUGUCAUGCCAUGUCGUCAUGUCUGUUGCUGUGCAGAAUGCGCGAACACGCUGCGAUUGCAGUCGGAUCGAUGUCCUGUGUGCCGUGAAGCCAUCACCGAGUUGGUAUAUUUGACGGUGAACCCGGAUUAUCUCAAUGCGCAGAGAGAUCAAUCGGGGACGCUGAACGUGGAAAUGAAUAACAUGGGGUCAUGA